AUGUCGUGGAUAUUGGGCAACGUUCCAGCAGGAGGCGGGGAGUCAGCACCCAAGAGGACCAAAGCCAAGGAUGGCGACUAUGUGACUCAGCGCGAACUCACGGCGCAGAUGGAAGCUCGGCUGCGGUCGCUGGAACACGGACAGAGCGCCCAAAUUCAUCUUCCAGUAAAUCACGUGGUGGUCAAGAAUGGUCAGGAGAAGUACCAGGAGCACUUUCGAGUGGUAAAGGAGGAGGGGCCGGAACACGGUCGGGGCCCACCAGAGUUGCAGCUGUUUUCGCAGGCUCUGAAAGAGAUCGAGAGUUGGUUAGAGCAGGAAGGAUCCCCAGCAAUACAACGAUUCAGAGGAGCCCCGACGGUAUUGAUCGCGAUGCUCGCACAUGGUACAUCGGAAGACGCCAGCGAGUGUAUCAAGGAUUGUACGUACAGCCCGAUGUACGAUCAUAAGAUAAUCGGGCUCACCAUGGCCCUCCGCGACCACAUCGUGGUGCGUUCCACCGUCGCGCUCGCGAAAACGGUCGACGAGGCCCAGAAAUCGACGUGGGGAGAAGCGGCGACGGACUCGACUUUCGAAGGUGUGCUCCAGCGGAUUCCGCUGGAGCCUCCGAGCCUGGGCGAGGGUCAGAAGUGCAUGGAACUGAUGCGCUCGAUGAGCAUCCUGCUCAUGGUUUGGGGCGGCGGGGAGAUGGCCAAGCAGCUGACUGGCAAGAAGAAGGACUAG